AAAAGCCCGGAUCAGCCCGGAUAGCCUAGCGGCCCAGCCAGCCCAAGCCACACUUUUUGCGCGCGCGUUGUUAGGAAGCGGACAGCAGCUGUAUCUGCUGUUGCUGCUGAAGCUAAUCAGCGACUGAAUCACCGUGGUCUGAAUCAAGAAAGGGGCGGGUGUGUCCUGCGCAGUCUUCGUAUGAAGCAAUAUGAAGUACAGAGGAGGCACAGACGAGGUGAUAAAUUUUGAUCGACUUGGAAAACUCUGACCGAGGAACAAAGAGGAGCAAACAAAGGCACCAUGCUGGGUAAGGAGUGGCAGAAGCUCAAAGACUAUUGUGCCCACGUGGGCAAGCUGUUGGACAUGGAGCAAAACGCCCAACAGAUCUACAUGAUCCUCCACAACUCCAAGGGUGCCAAGUACGAUCGGCCCUGCACGCAGAGUGACACGCAGUAUUGCCACAUCUUGAACAACCUCAACUUCUGGAAUGAAUUUCUGGGGCUGUGCAGGAUGGAGGUCAAGGAAGUGGCACCAGGGGUGCUCGGCACCGACACUCUGCACUGGAGCUUACCCAGCGUGUCGGAAGUCAUGCAUCGCCAGGCAUGCAUCCUCUUGCAUAGGCUUCUCAAAGAGCACCGCUGCAUCAGAGAGCUCAAAGCCUUUGUGGCAUAUAAAAACACCAAGCUCUUUUUUGACGCUCUCCAGCUGAACAAGGACCUUCGACGCCUGGAGCUUUGUCAAAGCAAUGAAACUCGAACUGAAGACGUCUCUCGGCAUAUGGUGGCCGCCAUCGGCACUCUAACGGGGCUAGAAGACCUUGUACUGAAAGGCGUCUGGCUUUCUGAAGCUGCCAUCACACUCCUCGGAGCCGCCUUUGAGAACAUGCCACAUCUGAGAUCCUGCUCCGUCAGCCUUGACUCUACGCUUGUUCACGGAGCAGACGUCCUGAUUCGGAACUUGAAGCGGAGCAAGACUAUUAAGGCAUUACACCUCACUGGAUGGUGUCCAUGCGAUGGAGAAGGUGCGGUGCUUGGGGAGUACUUGGCGGAACAUGACGUCCUCGAAGAACUCGUUCUCGAGCCAAUCUACUGGAAUCUGCUAAAUAGGAAAGAACUCGGACCCGUGUUGGAAGCCCUGGCAACAAACCGGGUUUUGAGAAAGUUGCACCUUGAAAGUUACUUCUUCGGGUCAUCUCAGGGGCCUCUGCUUUCCAGGGCCAUGUCGGCUAACAACACUCUGCGAAGUUACCGUUCCUCUGGACAAAAGUAUGCGCUUGAAGCGGACUCCCUAGCCGAGAUCAUCCGAAACAAUAACGGGCUUGUCGAGCUAGCCAUGGAGAAUGUCAUCGUGGCAGGUGUGGAGCAGCUUGCAGCGGCCAUUCGUACCAAUCUGAUGAUGAGGCGGCUGGGCCUUUGCUGGUCUGAGCUAUCGCUUGAAGACAUCACCAAGCUUUGUGAAGCACUGGCUGAGAACCGUUCGCUCCAGAUGGUCACAGGAGAAGACGUUGACGAGAAGCUGGUUGCAGACGUGCACAAGGUUCUACUGGAGACUGGCACAAGCCAGAGAGUAAAGAUAAAAAGUGUCAUCAAGAGUCCCUCUGUGUUGCAGCACACUCUGGAGAGCUGCCAUGAGCUCACGGAGGUCAGUUACUGCAAUACUGCAGCGACGACAGAUGGAACCUGUUUGACCUCAGUCUAUGAACUAGAUUCAGACCAUGGCUCUUACGAGAGUGAAGGCACACCUGACCCUGAGCGGUCUGCACUUAGUUGCCUGAAUUUGUGCAGUCAUUUAGUCAAGCUUGAGGUGAAGCUAGAGCACAAGAUGCGGAAGGGCUGUGCGGAACCGUUGGCACAAUUCUUGUCGUCAACAGAGACGCUGAAGCAUGCCGAACUUGACUUUCCAACAACCUUUGCAGCUACGGAGGCUUUCUUGGGUGCACUUUCAUGUAACAAAAGUGUCUCCACGCUGAUGUUGUCACGCUGGAGUUUCAGGAGGUGUCACUUGGAGCACUUCGCAGAAAUACUAGAAAGAAACAGGACUCUGAACUACCUCAAACUCGGCGAUGCCCUGAGUACCUUUCUACUAAAAAUGCUGUCCACUAAGAUGGCGAGCAACAAGUUUCUCAUCAACAUUAAGCAUUGCAACUGUGACCUGGAUGACAAAGAGUGGAUGUUCAGGGUGAGGAAUGUCCUGCGACGGAACUUCUCCUUAUUGCAGCUGGCGGCUCACUUUGUCAUGGGAACGCAUGAUAGGAGGUGUGGAGAGGCGUUCGAACAAGUGUCCCGCAGCGCGGCGUUGUCCGACGAGGUUCAGCGACUUGCUAGUGAGUCAGAAGUCAACACUAAGCAGAGGAUCCAGACCAGUAGAACGUACCUGGAUGUCAACUUUUUAGCCGUGGCAGGCGUUGUCAAAGACAGCUUGGUGUGUGAAGGUGGCAGCGAGGGACAGACACAGUUGGAUCAGAUCGGGCUGGACAAUUGGCUGCGGGUGCGGUCAUAUCUAAUGUUGGCCGACAUCAGGGACAUUUCUGCAGUGGUGCGGCGUCCCAACUGUUGACAGGCCAAGGUGUCCUGACGGUGGCGAGACUGUUGCGCAACAUAUUUGUUAUAAUCGUAAAAAGUGAUCUUUGUGUCCGUUUUACUUUGUGAUGUUUUAUUGGACAUGAUCAUGCCUUGCAGUACCUUGAAUGGAUGCUGCUGCAAAUCAAUAAACUCGACUUCUGAAGUGGUGUUGGUGGGCAACA